UCUAAAAUGGAAAUUGAGGAUGCUCCCAAUAGUUCCUGUAAAGAAUCUAGCUCCUUGAAUAAACCUGAACAGUCCAUAAUCAAAGGGAGCAUAGCUGCCAAAAACAUUACACUACAAAGCCUGUACUCCAUUUUUGGGUAUUUAGCAGAAGCAAUUAUGAAAACAGUACCUAUCUUCUUGGUAGCAAAAUAUUCUGAUAGAGACCAUCUGGCAGCCCUAGGGCUAGGAAAUGCUCUACUUCUAGUAAUUAUCGAGACAUUUACGUAUGGUUUUUCAACAGGACUCACAAAGCUAGUCAGUGUUUCUUACGGAAAUAUGAAUUACUACACAGUUGGAAUGCAUCUCAAUAGAGCUCUAGUGGCUAAUACAGGAUUCUUUAUAGUCCAGCUAUGAAUUAUCUUCAUUGGGUGUUCAUAUCUUCACGGAUACCCUAACCUUAUUACGAUCUUCAAAGUUGAGUCGGAGGUUGAGCAAUUAUCAUAUAAAUAUAUGAUAAUCAUGCUAUUUGCUACUUUCGGGAAAGUCCAAUUUGAAACAAUCAGAAGCUAUUUAGCAGGAAUGAAUAUUUAUUGGGUACAUACAGGAAUUCUGUGAAUUGCUGCUGUAAUUCAGGUCAUCGCUACUUAUUUCCUAGUUGUAAAACUAGAUGCCGGACUUAUUGGGGCCGCAAUAGCUUCAAAUAUUGCUUAUCUGCUUGCAAUUUUCAUAAUUUUCAGAUAUCUCAAAGCCAAGAGAUACUCGAUGCUUCAUCCAAACACCUGGCAUAGAUUUAAUGAAGACUCUAUGAAAUUCUUGGGACAGUACAUUAGACAAGGAUGGAAAAUUGCUUUUAUGAACACUAUCAGCGUUACCUCAGCUAAGGCAAUAUUGCUAUAUGCCAGUUGGAUCGAUCAAAAGCAUUUCUGAGCCUAUAUCAUCAUAACUGCUUGCACUUCAAUUUUAAUUCAAAUCCCAUUAGGAAUCGGUACAGCUUCACAUAAUCUUGUAAGCUUGGCUUUACAAUACAAUCACUUCUCAAAAGCAAGGAAGUAUACAUGGAUAUCAAUAAUGGGAGGAGUAGCCUGAGGAUGUCUCUGAGCUAUCCUGUUUUAUAUCUUCAGAGAGUUGAUUGCACAUCUGAACACGUCUGAGACAGAAAUUUUUAAGACUUUCAUUGCACUUUCGCCGUAUGUGCUUCUGCACCAGAUCCUAGAUUUUACUCAGACAGUUCAAUUUGGAGUUUUAAGAGGGCUAGGAUCAACCAUUUUUACAGUCGCAGGAAGUUCAAUAUUUAUGGUCUUUAUUGGAAUUCCUCUUCCUUAUUACUUCUGCUUUGUGCUAAGAGAUGAAGACUUUAGAGGAGCAUUGAUAGGUCAAUUUAUUGCAAUUCUGAUUAUUGUUCUGGUGUGAAGUGUGAAAAUUUUAUUAAAAAUGCAGAAACUGCGUUACUAUGAGAAAAAUUCGUCGAGAAUAGCAUCAAGCAGCAACAAUGAUUCUUACAUGCUUUUGCCAAAAAUCACUAUCUAAUUCUC